AUGAUAAACUCUUUAUAGAAAACUUUAGAACAAAUCGAUAUAUUCGGAUAAACAAUUACAUUAAACAUGAAUAAGAAUGCUAAUUAUACAACAUCAUUUGGUGGCUGUUCAUCCGUUCUUAUAAUAUGCUUUCUAAGCAUACUUUUUUUUUCAAACAUAUCCGAUUUUUUUAACAGAGCAAAUGUAUUUUAUGAUUCAUAGACUACUUUUUCAAAUGACCCAAAUUAAUUGUAAAUGAAUGAUGAGAAUGCAAUGUUUGCAUUAUCUAUCGACCAAAACAAUUUUACAACUAACCCUUUUUUCAAUAUAUCAGUAGAAUAAAGGUAAGAAUAUAUUGAUUUAGAAUACAUACAAGAUCAUUAGAUGGAUCCUUAAAUAAAACAACAAUUUAAAUACCCCUUUAACCUUGCAUUUUAGAUCGAUUUAACUAAGUUGUAUAAAAUUCAGGAAUUGAUCUUGAUUUUAAUAAUGAAUACCAUUAUUUAGGAAUGAAUAAUUGGUUAUGCCCGGCGUAAACAAAAUUUAAUAAAUAGUCAAAAUUAUUCAUUUUAGUUAGAAGGUACAUAUUCAAGUGAAAUAUUCAAAUUUAUCAAGAUUGUAGUAACAGAAUGUUAGAAUAAUUCAAAUUCCUCUCAUUGGAAUCCAUAAUGUGCAAAUGAAUAGGAGAAAAAUGAUUAUUUGAAAAAAGAAGGUUAGUUUAAAUUAUAAUUCUUCUAAAUAAACACUAUGAUUAAUCCAUAAUAACCAAAAGACUAUAAAACUAUGUAUUUAGAUAGUGAUAUGUAUUUUUCUUUUAUACCUUAAAAAUUAGCAAGAUUAGCUAAUAUUUAUUAUAGAUAAUAUAUUGUAAAUAAUGAUGAGAGUUUACUAAAUUACAAGUAUUGAUAUUUAUUUUAUAUUUAUAGAUAAAUAAAUAAAGAAGAGUUGAUAAUAAGAAGAGCAGAAGAUUUUAGAGAUUUAACUGAACUUGGAAGAGAUACAGAUAAUAAUUUUGCGACAUUAUAUUUAAGAAGAAGUCCCUUUACUGAAUCUAUUAAUAGAAGUUAUUUAAAAUUUGGAAAUCUCUUAUCUUAUCUUGGAGGAUUUAUGUAAAUAUCAAAAUUAAUAUUUGGUUUCUUCAUCGCCUUUUAUAAUAGAACAUCUAUGUUGAUUGAAUUAUCUAAUAAGCUUUAUGAUUUUAAAGAAGUUACAAAUAAAACCUUUUUGAGAAAAAUUGCAAAAACAAACUAAAGAGGAUCUCUUCCAGAAGAAUUAAGUAUAUUAAGCAAAAAACUUUAAAAUUUAUAGACUGCUGAUUUAAAUAAGGCAGAGUGGAAAUAGUUUAUUGAUAAAUUAAUGGAAAGAUCAUAACCAAUAAAGUUAAAUAUUAAAAUAUUGAUUAAUCAAAUGAGCUGCGGAUACUUUUUUAAUAAUGAUAAUUCUGAAUUUUUUAAUAAAGCUAUGUAAAUUUAAUUUAUUAUAUCAAAGGUUAAAAAUUAAUAGUGAACUGGAUUUACAUAAUAUUCUACAUUAAUUAUAAGAAAUAACAAAAUUAAAGUCUGUAUUAUUAUAAAAGCCACAAAUAAUUUUAUUCAAUUUUAGUCCAAAGCCUGUCAUUACUUUAGGAUAUGAUCACACUGUUCCAACAAGAUUAGAAGUGGCAGAUGAUUUAAAUAAAUAAUCAUAUAUUAAAGCAAAUGCUUAUCAAUUAAAUGAAGAUCUUUUUACAUCUCUUUAAGAGGUACAUAAAGUAAUUAAUUUUAGGCAUAUAAGAUAGUGACAGAAGAAAUGGAAGAUAGUAAUAAUAUAAAUCCUUGUUAAAAAAGCAUUAAUUUUAAAUUGACUAAAUAAAUAGAUUCAGAGUUAGGAAAACUUCUUAAAAAUGCAAAGAUGAGUUUUUAUAAGAUAUUUGAAACUCAUAAUAAUGAAAUUUAAGUAAAUUCAUGA